AUGCUAUUUGUUCUUCCUUUCAGUUUCUCUGACGACCUAACUAGCAUUGGUGUCCACAAUGACUCUGUCUGGCCGUCAGUGUUUAGCCGACCUGUCGCCAUAGCUACAUCCGGCACGACGUACCUCUCCGACUCUACUGAUGAAUACGCAGAAUUCGGACAAACCGUUUGGGCAUGUCGAGUGAACUCGAUCGUUCGGGCUGGCAAGGCACACUUAAAGACACCUGCAACUGGCGAGCAAGCCUCUCGUCUGCUGUCCACUGCAGUCUUGCGUCCCUCCGUCUCAUCUCGAUUCUCCCCCAGUCUCGUGGGACAGGAGUCGCCAAGCCAUUCGAAUCCAGCUUCUUCUCACCUCACAGUCUCCAGGCAACUGGAACUCAUGAAUUCGGCAUCUCUGACUGCACAGACAAGCGCCUUACUAACACAGACGCAUGUGACAACACCCGAUCGGCACACAUCCCGACCCCCUCAAAGCCGAGCCUCAUUUGCCCAGUCUCCGCGAUUGCCGGAGCGCCGAACGAUAUGUCCACUCGGUCUCUGGCCCAUAACUGGCUCGCCAGCGGUGGCCAGAAGGUAUGAGGAGCAUGAGUUAUGCUGGCAGCGGCUACAAAAAAAGCUUUUUCCCAGCCAGGACUCACUUCACUUGCGAAUUUACCCCCAGCCUCGCGAAGGACCUACAAACCUGGGCGAUCCCGAUCCGCCCCGAGGACAUUCAGUCUUAAGAGACUCUCAAAAGCUCGACUCGCCUCGUCCACAGCAAAAGCUAUCGCAGGUUUCAACAGAUAAAUGGCAAGACGAAGAAAGGGAUGGGCUGAUUAGGCAGAAAAACGAAUCACUAGGCCAGCUUCACAAUUGCUUAUGGACCUCAAGUCCUGCAGGUCAGAACGCGCUGCCGGAACUGCAACAACAACAGCAACAAGAAGAAGAACUGGUCCAGACAUCAGAAGGAUCGCAGGAUAAAAAAGCAUCACCAAGACAACAGCAUCUUCAAACAGACACCAGACAGGAAGGAUCUGGAGUGUUCAAGCCGCCUCAACACCUACCGAUCCACUCAACCGACCAGCCACAACUCAAGCCCCAGUCAGAAUCUUCAUUUCCACUUGUAUCUAGAUGCGGAUCUCUUCAAGGGGAACAUUUGCGUGAAGGCGAAGUCCCCUGUCUUCCCCACCAGAAUAUGCAUGAGCAAAACUUUGCGAUGCAGGCUACAGAGCAGUUGGGAUUGGAGCAGACCAGAUCAGUUAGUCCAAACCAACAACUGGAAUGGCCGUUGCUUGCAUUUUCAUCAGGCAAUUCGGAACAUCCGUCUCAAGAUCAUGCGUUCCGCCAGAACGCUCGAUCUUUCCGCCAGCAGAUGAGCGAAAUCCACCGCUCAGAAAGGCCACGGUCUGUACCAAGACAGCUAUCACAACCGGACGCGUCGUUACAACUUGGCCUACCUCUUCUGUCCAACAGGGAGCUACAACUACAGUCAGGAUGGCAAGAACGAAACUCAUGGCAAAACCGGGGCUAUACAGCCAAAGGGAAGGAAAGGCGAGGGUGCCAAAUGCUAAGGCAACCAACUGGCCUGAGCAGACAGGAGCACAUAGCGGUAGGCACACCUACAGCAAAGAGAAUGCCCGAACAGCCCACACGAUUAAGUUUUCACGAUGCGGAAGAGGACGUUUCGCAGUGUCAUGAAAACUAUUUGCAGUCUGAACUUGUUGAUGCCUUUCAUGGUGAGCAGGAAGCACCACUAAGGUCACUACAACAACAACAGCACCACCACAGAAAAAUGCAGAACCAACACUCGACGCCAGCUCGACUCUGGCUUCAUACCGUCAUGCAGGUGCUGUCACCGCAGCAGAUCCUUCAAACGCUGGAAAGCCUUGAACAGAUACGACUAGAAAUGCUCCAGUUAUACCACUUGGUCAGUAAAUACGCACAUAUGCACUCAUAA